AUGGCAGGAGAGAAUCAGACCAGCAUCUCUGAGUUCCUCCUCUGGGGACUUUCAGAGCGGCCAGAGCAGCAGCGCAUACUCUUCCUUCUCUUCUUGUGGAUGUAUGUGAUCACUGUGGCUGGAAACCUACUCAUUGUCCUGGCCAUUGGCACUAACAAGCAUCUCCACACCCCCAUGUACUUCUUCCUGGCCAGCCUGUCUUGUGCAGACAUCCUCUUCACCUCCACCACUGUGCCCAAGGCCCUGGUCAACAUCCAGAGCCAGAGUAGGUCCAUCUCCUAUGCUGGGUGCAUGGGUCAACUCUACUUCUUCUUGACCUUUGGAGAUCUGGACAUCUUUCUCCUGGCUACAAUGGCCUAUGACCGCUAUGUGGCCAUCUGCCACCCUCUUCAUUACAGGAUGAUCAUGAGCCUCCGGCGCUGCAGCCUCAUGGUGACUGCCUGCUGGAUCCUUACCAAUCUUGUUGCUAUGACCCACACCUUCCUCAUAUUCCGACUUUCCUUCUGCUCUCAGAAGGUCAUUCCUGACUUCUUCUGUGAUCUGGGACCCCUGAUGAAGGUGUCUUGCUCUGAUACCCAGGUCAAUGAGCUUGUGCUCCUCUUCUUAGGGGGAGCGGUCAUUUUAAUCCCCUUUAUACUUAUCCUGGUCUCCUACGUUCACAUUGUUUCCGCCAUUCUCAGAGUCCCCUCUGCCCAGGGAAGGCGCAAAGCAUUCUCCACCUGUGGUUCCCAUCUUGCUGUUGUUGCCUUGUUCUUUGGGACGGUGAUCAGAGCUUAUCUGUGCCCCUCGUCAUCUUCCGCCAAUUCAGUAGAGGAGGACACAGCAGCUGCUGUCAUGUACACAGUGGUGACUCCCCUGCUAAAUCCCUUCAUCUACAGCCUGCGAAAUAAGGACAUGAAGGAUGCACUGGGGAGACUUCUCCGGGGCAAAGUCUCUUUUUCAUUGGGCCAUUGA